AUGGCCGGCACUAUGCUCAACUCUUCAAUACCAUACGACCCCUUUUCCACCUCGUAUCUUGUCAAAGACCAACCACAGGCCUUCGACUUCUCCCCAGUCGCCCUCUACAGCAACCCUCUGGAGGACUUCAACCCCAUGGACUUUGCCGCCGAGUCGGCAACGUCGCCCGAAUUGGACUCGCCCCUCUCUCCUGUCUCGCCCGACUCACUAUCGCUGCCCGUGCCCAGCUCGGCCGGCACUGAGUGGACCACGUCCUUCGGCUCUCUGUCGUCACCCGACGUCUUCUUCAAGUCCGAGGCUCUUGACUCGCCCGCCAUCAACCCCAUGGAUCUAUCUGCCUCUGCCGAUGACAUAGUGCCCUUCGGCGGGAGCGGCCAGCUCGCCGACAACGGCCCCCUCUUUCCCUCACCACAGCUGGCCCGCGCCCAGAACCCCGCCCAGGUGAACCACUGCGCCCGCAGCCCCGAAACAAGGCCUGAAAUCACCGUUACCACCCGUCAGAGCCAGCGCUCUACGCGCGGACUGAAGCGCAAAUCCACAAGCUCCAGCUGCUCCACCGACUCGUCGCCCAGGAGCUCCGCAUCGCCGCCCCCAGCCACCAGGAGAGCCGCAUCGGGCAAAGAGGGCGCUCCCCGCGUCGCCAUUGCACUGCCCCCGAAGAAGACGGCCCACAACAUGAUCGAGAAGCGGUAUCGGAACAACCUCAACGACAAGAUCUCAGCCCUACGCGAUGCCGUCCCCGCCCUGCGCGUCAUGGUGCAUCGCCUCGAGGGCCACCCCGGGUCCGACGACGACGAAGUCGACGCCGGCCGCCGUAUGAUCGCCCAGGACUUUGAGGAGGACCUCGGCGGUCUCGCCCCCGCCCACAAGCUCAACAAGGCCACCAUUCUCAGCAAAGCCACCGAGUACAUCGCCCACCUGGAGCGGAAGAACCGGGCCCUGGCGAGGGAUAAUCAGGGUCUCCGCAACAAGGUCGAGGGGUUCGAGAUGCUGAUGAUGAACGGCGCCUCACGCACCGUGUGGUGCUGA